UUCUGGAGGGACGUCAGACGGCGUGGAGUGCUGACGUAAUGACGCGGGCUGUUAAUCUAAUUAUGUUCUAUAACAUGUAAAACGGAAACAUGACAGGAGUAUUCUAAAAGCGACUCAUGUAAACACCUUAAUCACAUUAUUAUCUUACUCAGAUUAAGGUCAAUAAUUAGAUUACUGCUGUCCAAGUAAACAUAGCUACUGAUGGAACUGUGCAAUAAUGUGAAUACUGGGCUAUGAAAUAUUGUUUGGUGGGCAACACUUUUAUGAAUGUGUAUAUAUGUCAGGUUGGCAGGUAGUUUAACUUUUUGUUUUAAGCCAUUAAUGCUUGCUGAGUCCAAGAAAACUAUUUUCUGAAAGGAAAAUAAAGUAUUUCUUUUCUUUGCUUCGUUUUUUUUUUCUUUUCUUUUCUUUUCAGGUGUUUUGAAUAGUCUGUUUUACAUGUCCUGACUGAAUGUACUGUGCAAAUGAUAAAUAAACUUGACGUGAUUUGGCCCUCAUUCCUCUUAUUCUAAUACACUAUUUUGACAUACAAAUAAGUAUUUGCCUGUAACCACAUUUUCAGCAGUGUGGUAUGUGUCCAUGUUUUAGGUUUAUCACAGGGAAAGGCCACAACCAAAUCCACAAACAAGGGAUUGUCCAGAUAGUAUGUCUGUUAGGCUAUAUAUGCAUCACUCUGCUCACCUGUUUCAUAGCAUCAAGCUGUAAGCCAAAGAUUGUCAGAAUUUCAACAAUCAAGAGUGUCCAGGUGUCCAGAUUACGUAAUUGUGGCUUCAGGUUCGGGUCAAAAUAUGGCUACAGAAGGGUACAAGAUCUUCAAUGACUCUGUUCAUGGCCAUAUAAAGAUGCAUCCGCUGCUGGUGGACAUCAUUGACACACCAGAGUUUCAACGCCUGAGGAACAUCAAGCAGAUGGGAGGAAUCUAUCGUGUCUUUCCAGGAGCUUCUCACAACCGCUUUGAGCACUCCCUCGGUGUGGGUCAUCUGGCAGGGGAACUCGUACGAAGUCUGAAAGCUCAACAACCAGAAAUAACUAGUAUUGAUAUGUUCUGUGUUCAGAUUGCAGGGUUGUGUCAUGACCUGGGUCAUGGCCCGUUCUCACAUUUAUUUGAAGAAUUUGUGAAGGAGCUAGCAGAGAGAAUGAAGGUUUCAGAAACAAGAGAAAGAGAAACUAAAAAAGCUUUAAAAAACUGGAAGCAUGAAGAACAAUCAGGCAAAAUGUUUGACCAGCUGAUGGAAAAUGGCAUUAAGGAGAAGAUGAAGAAUGGACAUUAUAAAGAUGAACAUAAUGAAGGCUUAGAAUUUCAAGACAAAGACUUCGAGUUCAUCCAUGAGCUUAUUGAAGGAACACGACCUUCUACUGACUCACUCAACAGAGAAAGAUAUGAGAGAAAGUCCUACUUGUAUGAGAUUGUGGCCAAUAAAGAGACAGGUAUUGAUGUUGACAAAAUGGAUUAUUUCAGUAGAGAUUGUCACCAUGUGGGGAUGAAAAGCAACUUCUCACAUGAGCGCUAUGUGAUGUUCGCACGAGUUUGCACCAAUAAGAAAAAUGAAAAGCACAUCUGCACAAGAGAUAAGGAAGCGAUAAACAUGUACGAACUCUUCCAUAAUCGAUACCUGCUUCACUACAACGUCUGCCAGCACAGGGUUAAGGUGGCAAUAGAAACAAUGAUUGUUGAUGCGCUUUUGGAAGCUGAAGGUCACUUUAAGCUGGGUGACAAGACAAUCUCUGAGGCAGUUAUGGACCCUAAAACAUACCUGAAACUCACAGAUGACAUUCUUCAGGAAAUCAUGCGGUCAACAGACAACAGUCUCAAAACAGCAAGGAAAAUCAUUAGGAGAAUUGACAAACGCAAGAUUUACAAGUUUGUCGGUGGCAAAAUAUUCCAGAAAAAGGAUGUGGAACAUUUGGACAGUGCUGAAAAGUGGAAAGCAGUGGUAAAGAAGUGGCUGGAGCUUAUUCAAAAAGGCUCAACAAGACCUUGUAAGUGCAAGUGCAAGAAAUGGCAGGAGUGGAUCGAGAAGAAAAAAAUCAGUGAAACCAAAUUUUUUGUCAAACCUGUCAGAUUGAAUUAUGGAAAGGACGACAAAGAUCCAAUCAAAUCUCUCGAAUUCUACAGGAAGAACAAGCCACACAAAUCAGUGAAACUGACUGAUGAGGUUUCAUUCAUUCUGCCCAUAGUCUUUACCGAAAUCAAGGUCAUGCUAUUCUACAACGGUAAUGGAAAGCUUCCAAAAAACCCACCCAUCAGAGAAUUCUGGGAGUUAGUGGAGAGGGAUGCUGUACAGGAAGACUCAAGUGAUGAAUCAUGUGAGGAUUCCAGUGAGGAAUCGAGUGAAGAUUCAAGUGAUGAUGAGUAGCAGGAAGAAGUCUACUCUAUAAUGCUGGUGAAAAAAUGUGAGGUGAAAAAAGAGUUUAUUUUGACUUGGCUAAUGUGGAGAAAAUAAACUCACUUGUGCAUGGUGGUUGCAGGAAUAUUGAUCUAAAAUUCAUAUAGUGUGUAUUUGAUUUUCUGUACAUGUAGGGUAGGUUUCUUUUGGGGAUUUUCUGUAACUUUUGAUGUAGUUGACAUUGUGAAUGAUUUUGGUACUUCACACAUUUUGGUACAUGGUUUAUCAUAAAAGAAUGAUUAAGAAUAACUUAGUAAUGAUUGUGUUAGUACAUUAAGAGGGUUACAAGUCAAAGCUAUAAAACUAAGCAUGUUUUAUUCUGUUAUCUCAAUUUUAUAGCUAUGUUUCAACUUUUAUUUCAUGUACUUAUUUUAGGGGAUUGUGGCAUCUGAAUUACAUAUUAGCAUAAGUAAUAUAAUCAUGUUUCGCUUAUAAGUCACAUGCUAUGGUUUGAUCUGUUUUUUGGUUGUUGUUUUUUUUUGGGGGUGGGGCAUUUUUUGUUUUAGAUUUUAGCAUAUACAAAGUUAAACGAAAUAUAAAGUUUAAGACACCGGUGAUUGGCUGUGUGAUGAAAGAAUUGUGUGAUUAAAAAAAUAUCUUAA